AUGUCCUGUCUGCGAUUAUGUCGCAUCAGAAAUAUAUCCUCCUCACUGACCAGGAAGUUAUCACACGCCCACAAGAUGUCAACAACCACCACCGCCUCUAGCAAAACAUCGACAGUCCACAUCACUCAGCCAGCAUACACUCUCCCAUCCCCUCCAGAAGCAAAGGACCUCAAACACCACCUCAAGAGGAACCAAGUUUUCGAGAAUCCAUGGCCAUCUUUCGUCGACCCAGGCGGCUUCACAGUCGGUGUCAAGAUGACCCGUCGCAAGAUCCAGGGCAAGGAUGUUUCCAAUUCAUCCUCCUCCACUCUCGCAGUCAGGAAGCCUCACUUCCACCCCUCCCGCAAACAGGACGAUGCCUUACGAGCGACAUGGCUAGGCCAUGCGUGCUAUCUUCUUGAGUUCCCGUCUGGAUUUAGGGUGUUGUUUGAUCCCGUCUUUGAAGAGCGCUGUAGUCCAAUCUCCUUCCUAGGACCGAAGAGAUCCACCCCCGCGCCUUGUCAAGUGGCGGAUCUCCCGAUUGUGGAUGCAGUGGUUAUAAGUCAUAACCAUUACGACCACAUGUCCUACCCGACCCUGACCGCCAUCGCAGCCAAAUACCCAAAUGUCCGCUUCUUCUGUGGAUUGGGGACGGCGCGGUGGUUCAAGGAGAAUGGGAUGCCGAUUGUGGUGGAGAUGGAUUGGUGGGAGAGUAGUACUAUCACCUUGGAGGGGGAGGAAGGGGCUGUUGAGGCGACGAUAAGUUGUCUGCCAAGUCAGCACGGCAGCGCUCGGACCGGGAUCGACAGGAGUCGCAUGCUCUGGUCCUCCUGGGCCAUCCAGUCCGGCGGCAAAUCCGCCUACUUCGCAGGCGACACAGGCUACCGCUCCGUCCCCGAACUGCCCGACAACGAAGACGACUACAGCCCAAAGUACUCCUCCCUCCCCGUCUGCCCGGCCUUCAAACAAAUCGGCGAAUUGCGAGGACCGUUCGAUCUAGGAUUACUGCCGAUUGGAGCGUAUCAGCCGAGAUUCAUUAUGAGUCCGUUGCAUAGCAAUCCGUAUGAUGCGGUGAAUUUGUUGGUGGAUACGCAGUGCAAGAAGGCGUUGGCGAUGCAUUGGGGCACGUGGGUGCUGACUGAGGAAGAUGUGAUGGAGCCGGUGAGGAAGUUGGGGGAGGCGGUGAGGUGGAGGGGGAUUGAGGAGGGAGUGUUUGAGGUUUGUGAGGUUGGGGAGUCGAGGGAGUUCUGA